GGGCUGGCUCCAAAUGAACAUUAUCGCUCAAGAGCUUUAGACAAACCCAGCCACAGCAACAUGUACAAGUUUUUGGUUCUCGCUGCCCUCGUUGCCUGCUCCGCGGCCAAGCCAGGAGUCGUGGCCCCUCUGGCUGCUCCCCUGGCUGCUCCUCUGGCCUACGCCAACGCUCCUCUGUACGCCGCAGGUGGCAGCAGCCAGGUGGAUGUCCGCAACAACUACGACGGCACCCUGUCCUCCUACACCACCGCCCCCUUCGAGUUCACCGCCCCCUACUCCAGCCGCUAUGUGUCCGGAAUCCCAGCUGCCCCCGCCGUGGUAGCCAAGUACGCUGCUGCUCCUCUGGCCGCCGCCGCCUACUCCGCUCCCCUGGCUGCUCCAGUGGCUGCUCCUCUGGCUGCUCCAGUUGCUGCUCCUCUGGCCGCUGCUCCCUUUGCCGCGCCCUACGCCGCCGCCGCCUACUCCGCCUACCCCUACGCCUCGCCGUAUGCCGCCCCCUACUUGGCUUCCCCCUACGCUGCUCCCUACGCCGCCCCCAUCGCCGCUGCUGCCCCAGCUCCAGUGGUGGUCUAAGGACUAGGACUCACCCAUAAACCAAACUCAACUAUAGACAAUUUUUGUAAACAAACUUGAGAUUAAAUAACGAACAAACAGUCAAGAAACAA